AUGGGCAACAAGAAACUGUUGACUGGUGGUGGGUCGAGCAAAGCUAAUGGUAGUGGAAGCUACAGAGAUCCUCUGUUACAGAACCAGGAUAAAACGAAAGCAAACGGAGAGCAAACAAGCGAAAAUGGUCAAAAUGAUCUCGAGCACGGUGUGGUUGAGGCAGCAAAUGUUGGAUUUGGCAGAGUCUUUGCGUUGGCAAAACCUGAUGCAGGGAAGCUAGUGAUUGGCACCAUUGCUUUGUUGAUAGCCUCAACAACUAAUCUCCUUGUUCCGAAAUUUGGUGGAAUGAUUAUAGACAUUGUAUCCAGAGAUGUCAACACCCCUGAGCAGCAAGCUGAGUCCAUUCGCGCUGUUAGAAACGCCGUUGUGAUCAUCUUGCUCAUCGUUGUAAUCGGGUCUGUAUGCACGGCUCUGCGAUCUUGGCUGUUCAAUUCUGCAAGCGAAAGAGUUGUGGCUCGACUGAGAAAGGACUUGUUCAAACACCUAAUGCAUCAGGAAAUAGCGUUUUAUGAUGUUACCAAAACCGGAGAACUCUUGAGUAGACUCUCUGAAGACACACAGAUCAUUAAAAACGCUGCUACUACUAAUCUCUCUGAAGCUCUUCGUAAUGUAACAACUGCGUUUAUUGGAGUUGGUUUCAUGUUUACAUCAUCUUGGAAGUUAACAUUGUUGGCACUAGUAGUGGUUCCGGUGAUUUCAGUUGCUGUGAAGCAAUUCGGGAGAUACCUCCGUGAGCUUUCACACAAAACUCAAUCAGCUGCUGCUCUUGCUGCAUCCAUCGCUGAGGAGUCUUUUGGCGCAAUCCGAACGGUUAGAUCUUUUGCGAAAGAAGGUUAUAUGGUAUCACAGUAUUCCAAGAAAGUUGAUGAGACUCUGAAGCUAGGACUCAAACAAGCUGUACUCACCGGUUUGUUCUUCGGUGGACUAAACGCAGCUUUCACGUUAUCUGUUAUUACGGUUGUUAGUUAUGGAGCUUACUUGACAAUAACUGGCUCUAUGACCGUUGGAGCACUCACUUCCUUCAUUCUUUAUAGCCUCACAGUUGGUUCAUCCGUAUCUUCUUUAUCGAGUUUGUACACAACUGCAAUGAAAGCUGCAGGAGCUAGUAGACGGGUUUUUCAGAUCUUGGACCGUGUUUCUAGCAUGCCAAGUUCAGGGAAGGAGUGUCCUGUAGGUAAUCCUGAUGGAGAUGUGGAGAUAAAUGACGUUUGGUUUUCUUAUCCUUCUCGCCCUAGUCACAUGAUACUCAAGGGUAUAUCGUUGAGGUUGACACCAGGUUCAAAAGUUGCACUUGUUGGACCAAGUGGUGGAGGAAAAACGACAAUAGCCAAUUUGAUAGAGAGAUUCUAUGAUCCUGUCAAGGGAAAGAUUUUGCUUAAUGGAGUUUCUUUGAUGGAAAUAUCUCAUCAAUACCUUCACAAACAGAUCAGCAUUGUAAGCCAAGAACCGAUUCUAUUCAACUGUUCAGUGGAAGAGAACAUCGCAUAUGGAUUCGACGGUGAAGCUAGUCAAUCAGAUAUAGAAAAUGCAUCGAAAAUGGCGAAUGCGCACGAGUUCAUAGAAACAUUCCCGGAUAAGUAUAAAACCGUUGUCGGAGAACGAGGAAUACGUCUCUCAGGAGGACAGAAACAGAGGAUCGCAAUCGCGAGAGCGCUUCUUACAAACCCUAGAGUCUUGCUUCUUGAUGAAGCAACAAGUGCGCUUGACGCAGAAAGCGAAUAUCUUGUUCAGGAUGCGAUGGACUCGUUGAUGGCGGGAAGGACGGUUUUGGUGAUAGCUCAUCGGUUAUCGACGGUUAAGACUGCAGAUUGUGUGGCGGUUAUAUCAGAUGGUCAAGUGGCUGAGAAAGGAACUCAUGAUGAGCUUCUCAGCUUUAAUGGAAUCUACACUAAUCUUGUCAAGAGGCAGCUUCAGAGUUCUUCUUCUGUUACCAACUUGUGA